AUGUCGUGGAAUUCAGGUGACUUCUAUAAUCAACAGUACAUAGGGCUGACCUCAUAUGAACUUCAAGAACAAUAUGCAAAUGGCAAUUUCAUGCCCUCCUCGUUUCAAUUCAAUUCUCAACAAUUCUACUCUCCGAAUGAAUAUUUAUCACCGACAGUUUCCUCAACGCUCGAUGAAAUCGAAAAUACGGAACCACCUCUGUUAGAAGAAUUAGGUAUCAAUUUUGAACAUAUCUAUAAGAAAACCAAAUCUAUCUUGAAUCCAUUUGCUACACCUGAUUCCUCCAUUCUCGACGAUGUCGAUCUAGCUGGCCCAUUAGUAUUUUGUCUUGCCUUUGCAUUUAGUCUUUUACUAUUAGGUAAAAUUCAUUUCGGCUAUGUCUACGGUAUCGUAACAUUAGGCACCGUCGGGAUGUACGCAUUGUUAAAUCUUAUGGCAUCAUCAGAUAAACCAUGUUCAGGUAUAUAUACAACUAGUGUCCUCGGCUAUUGCCUUCUACCAAUGGUUAUUCUUUCGUUUGCAUCAUUUGUGUUUCGUUUCAACGGCUUUUUUGGAAUGACCAUUGCUAUCAUAUUUAUACUUUGGUCUUCGAUAUCAGCAUCGAAAUUAUUCGCAGCGUCCUUAGCGAUGAUCGGGCAACAGUUACUUGUUGCUUAUCCUUGUGCUUUAUUUUAUGGCGUCUUUGCUUUAUUAACAAUGUUUUAA